AUGCUUAGGCUCCGCUUACUAACUUGGGACGUGAAGGACACGCUGCUGCGGCUGCGGCAGCCGGUUGGGGAGAGCUACGCGGCCGAGGCCCGGGCUCACGGACUCCAGCUGCGGCCUGAGGCUCUCAGUCACUCUUUCCGGGAGGCGUAUGGAGCCCAGAGCCGGCGCUUCCCCAACUACGGCCGGGGCCAGGGGCUGAGCUCACAGCAGUGGUGGGGCGAUGUGGUGAAGCAGACCUUCAGACUCUCAGGUGUGCACGAAGAUGGAGUUCUAACACUGAUGGCAGAAAACCUCUAUCGCGACUUCUGCAGCGCCCACAACUGGGAGGUGCUGCCGGGGGCUGCUGAGACCCUGAGCCAGUGCUGCCAGCGCGGCUUCCACAUGGGGGUGGUCUCCAACUUCGAUAACCGGCUGGAAAAUGUCCUCUCCCAGUGCAACCUGCGACACCACUUUGAAUUCGUCCUCACCUCUGAGGAUGCGGGCUUUGCCAAGCCGGAUGGGAGGAUCUUCAAGAAAGCACUGCGCCUUGGUGGGGUGCCCCCGGAGCAGGCGGCUCACGUUGGGGACGACUACACCCGGGAUUACAGGGCAGCCCAAGCUGUGGGCAUGCACAGCUUUCUGCUCCGGGCUGCCGGGCAGGGCGAGGAGCUGGAGGUGCCCCCUGAGCACGUCCUGCCCACGCUCAGCCACCUCCUGGCUCUUAUUGAGAAGGGGUAGCAGUGUUUCGGAGGAGGACCAGUGCAGCUGCUGAGCCAUGAACUAACCGGCCCUGGCAUGGGAUUUCUUGCUGCUGAUUGAGCAGGGAAAAGCAGCGAGCGCUUCUGAGCGCAGGGAGCAGUACAGCCUGUGGAGCGGGAGGGGUGUUACUGCAAUAAAAUGUAUCUGAUGCUCAGCA